AUGAUUAUCAAGAUUUCGGCAAUAGCACUCGCGGUGUGUGCUGUAUCAGCCCUGACAGCAGAUGACAUCCCGGCAGAUACGCCUGUGACCUCUCUUCUUGCAUCCGCUCAGAACCAUCUUUCCCGGGGCGAGACGGGCGACGCACUCGUUUACUACGAUGCCGCCAUUGCGCGCGAUCCAACAAACUACCUUACGUACUUUAAGCGAGCAACCACUUACCUUAGCCUUGGCCGCGCACCUCAGGCCACCGAUGACUUCAACACCGUCUUGUCUAUACGACCUGGGUUUGAGGCUGCUCAUGUUCAAUUGGGGAAGAUCAAGCAACGUGUGGCUGACUGGAACGGGGCCCGCGACCAAUUGAGGCGAGCCAAAGAUGCACCAGAUGCUGCGGAACUUUUGGCUGCUGUGGACGACGCCGAAAAUGCUGCUUGGGCGGCGGAGGCGGCGGAAGCGAAGAGCGACUGGGAGGAGUGUGUUAACCAAGCCAGCAUGGCGAUCAUGGUGGCGACGAGGGCUGCUUCUUUACGACGCAUUCGCGCCCACUGCCGGUUUGCCCGGGGUGAGGUUGAGGAGGGCGUUGGCGAUCUACAGCAUGUGCUUCAUUUGAAGCCGGGCGAUGUCUCGCCAUUCCUUGUUAUCUCAGCCAUUAACUUUUACGCCCUCGGUGACCUUGAGAAAGGCAUGUCGCAUGUGCGCAAGUGCUUGCAGUCUGACCCGGAUUCCAAACCUUGCAGGGCUUUACUGCGGCAGGAGAAAGCAGUCGAAAAGACUUUAGCGAAAAUUGAAAAGGCUUUCUUGAAGGAUCAGCCCUCGACGGGGACCAUGCAGCUUAUCCCAAAUGGCGACAACCCAGGCCUUCUCCAAGAAGUCAAGGAUCAGAUUUCCAUCCUGCGCAAGCAAGACAUUCUUCCUGCAGCAGGGCCUAACGAUCUUAUUUCUAGGCUGACGGGUAUGGCUUGCGAAGGUUACUACAAGGCACGCUCUCCCUUCUCCGUCUUGAGUAUCCCGGGUGCCAUUUCAUGUUAUGACAGAGACUAA